UCUCCCGCCGUUUCCAAAUCCAACCCUGCCCUAUAAAUAAUAAGCGACAAUUCAUAAAAGGAGCGCGAGAUCGAUCGCGCGCGCCCUUGAUCGGAUCGGAACCCGUCGAGGAACCGCGAGGGAGCUCGAUCCGAUCGCUGGAGCGCCGCACCCACCAGAUCAGGAAGAGCCGAGGGAUCCCAGCCAAGGAGGAGCACGCGGUUUGGCGCCUAACUUGUGCUGAUUGGCCGAUCUCUGCUUCUUGUUCCAGCGCGCGUGCGGAUCCAUGGAAUCGGUGUCGGAGAGGACUGGCGCUAUGGAUUCACCGGAGCCAAGAAUCGAGGUCGAGCAAAAACCUGUUCUCGGUAGUAACACUAAAGAGCAGGCCAUUAUUUGAUUAUAUUUUUACAGAUAUUCUAUAGAAACUGUCUACUGUUUUUCACCCUUUUUGCUAUUGUAUACCUUUUUCUACCCAGACCAUUCCUAGGAAGGAUGAGAAAACUGUUAAACCUACCAUUUCACUUGAUUCAAGUGUUAUCAAUCUACCAAGUGAAGGACAAGUCCAGGCGGUCACAUCCAACAUAGGUGGGGAACAUAGGGCUGCAUAUCCACAACACAUUUAUUCCUCGCAAGCACAACCAUUCUAUUACCAAGGUACAGGAUAUGAGAACCUUCCAAACGAAUGCGAUGUAUAUCCUCCCUAUACGAGUGUUGAUGGAUUGGAAGUGGGUCCAGCGGUUAUAUACAACGAGGACCCUUCCAUGAUGUACCAUGGUGGCUAUGGCUAUGACCCUUAUGCUCAUUAUUCUCCUAUCUCGACACCAGUAUCAGCUGGUGUUAGUGGAAAUGGUCAGCUCUACUCUCCUCAGCAGUUCUCCUCGGGUCCUUGCUACCAGCAACCGUUACAGCCUGACAUGCCAUAUUUAGGCUCUCCUACUCCAGUAUCACAGGCUUUGGCGGCCGCUUAGCCGUCCCCUGGAGCGCGACGCCAUCUCUGCCUUCAUCGUCGAUCUUCCCUCGAUGGCCGUCCGCCUUUCGCCACCGCCGCCGCCGCCGCCGCCGGAGCCUGACUAAAUCCCCGGCGCGGGUCUCGCUUUGUUUUUUCUCUUUCUUUGGGCUUGUUGAGCUGUGCCCUCAGCAGAACCUUAUGACUUUGUUGUGGUACUUGGGUGUGUGUGUGGACUUGGUGUGGUUGUAUGUCCUUUGGCGGUCUGCUUUAUCUAUAAAGUGGGGCGAAAGCCUUUUUCGGUAAUUGACCCAACAUAAAGUGCUUUUAUCGCUGACACUCUGAGUCCAAACAGCUUCCUUUUUGGACCAAGACCUGAAUGGUUUAGAUCGUCACAAGGAACUGGUUCGUUUCUAUCACCUGCAACUUCACCUCAACCUUUGGGUGAUGUUUCAGGGGCGUUUGGACAAAGCAACUUUCCUAUGGCUUCUGGGAUGAUGCCCCCUCAGCAGAAGUCCUUCUAUGGUUUUGGAACCCCUAGUGACUCUUAUGGAAGAAGGUUCUCUCAUCGUGGGAGUUUCCCACAUACCACUAAUUAUGGGAGUCCUUUCCCUGACUAUGGCCUGAAUGGUAGAAGUUUGAUUCCAGUUGACAAAGAGCGCAGGAGAGGGAGGGGUAAUCCUUUGUUAUGCAGCUUUGUUGGUUCACUUGAUUUCCUCAAUGAGCAAAGCCGCGGUCCACGUUCCACCAGGCCUAAGAAGCAACCAGAGGAUAACAGUAAAGAUGAGAAGUCUUCUGCUGGACUUGACCAGGGGUCAUACAACAGGACUGAUUUUGUUAGAGUACAAAAAUGCUAGAUUUUUUAUCAUAAAAUCAUACAGCGAAGAUAAUGUGCACAAGAGCAUCAAAUAUGGUGUUUGGGCUAGCACCACAAAUGGAAACAAGAAACUAGAUGGGGCUUAUCAUGAAGUGAAGAAGGAAGAACACUGUCCCAUUUUUCUGUUGUUUUCGGUGAACGCUAGCGCACAGUUCUGCGGUGUUGCGGAGAUGACUGGACCGGUGAAUUUUGAGAAGAGUGUGGACUACUGGCAGCAAGAUAAGUGGACUGGCCAGUUCCCUGUUAAUUGGCACAUACUGAAGGAUGUUCCAAAUAAUCUCUUCCGCCAUAUAAUUCUUGAAAACAAUGAGCACAAGCCGGUAACCAACAGCCGGGACACACAAGAGGUGAAACUGGAACAAGGACAGGAGAUGCUGAAAAUCUUCAAGGACCAUGAGGAGGAUGCGUCGAUCCUCGAUGACUUUGACUUUUACGAGGAACGUGAGAAAGCCCUGCUGGAGAAUAAGGCAAGGCUGUAUCAGCAACAGCAGAUAUCCAGCUCCAGUAUCGCUGAGCCCAAGAAGCCGUCGACUGUACCAACUGACCUGGUGGGUCAUAUCGCCAAGAAUUGUAGCUUUCUUGAGCCCAAGAAGCCCUUGACUGUACCCACUGACAUGGUGGGUCAUAUCACGAAGACUUUUGCACAGGCUGUUCGGCUUGGCAAGGCCAAGAGUGUGAGCCCUCUGGGCAAGAAAGGCCCUGCUGGGGAUUUAUCUGUUGCUGCGAAGCCUGUCGAGGUCAGAGAGAGCGGCUAGAGCAGUUGAAGUGAGAUUUGGCUUUGCUUGAAAUUUAAUCCAUGUGCUUCCUCAUCAGAAUGCUGGGGUGUAUAAAGAAAAACACAGGUGAAGAUGAUGGCCUCGGUAGUUUCUUGCAUAGUCUCUUUUGUCUUAAUUUCCUUUGCGUAAUUAUAUAUUCGAGUACGGUUAUUCCUUAGCUGGUAGGCUUAAGGUAGAGAGCUGCAGUUUUGUUAAAUUUUCCUUUUCUUGUUACUUAUUGAUGGUGCAAUUCUGGACAAGAUACAUCUACCUGUGCACCAGUGUAUAUGUAAUAAGCAAUACAAUGGGAAUCCUAUAGGGCCAACUCUUUCUCCAUGGUUC